UUAGCGCUCGGUGCGUGCGGUCUUGAGAACUUGUGAACGAAGUCGAACGAAACAUGAGCAUCCCUAAGCGGUGCUGGCAGUUUGCAAUACUGCUUCUAGCUGCAUGUAUCAGCCGCGCAGAUGCACAAUAUAAUCASAGCAACCCACAUGAGCCCGAAUUUUUCAACGAAGAAGCUGCGCAGUUUCUGCUCACACAAAUGAACGAUGUCUAUUGGGCCAGCGCUACGGCAUAUCGGCAAUUCGCUGACGACACACUCAGUCCCGAAAUUUUGAUGCGCGAAAAGUUGCGACCCUUCUAUGGCACAAUGCAGAAAUUUGAUUGGCAGAAUUUUGUAGAUCCACUGCUGAAGCGGCAAUUCGAGGUGAUCUUGCGCGGCGCUAAAUAUCCGCCAAUCAAUUAUAAAUUCAAACGUGCCACCAGCACGCUGAAGAAUAUGUCACGAAAGAAGUGGGUGUGCAACAUGAAGGAGCCAAGCAAAUGCAAUAUGGCCUUCGUACAUCAAAUCAAAACGAUAUUCACGAAUAGCGAUGAUUUAGAUGAGAUCAAAUAUUACUGGAAGGAAUGGCGCAACAAAAUGCCCGCUGAAGUGAAGGAGGCACUGCACUACUACAUAGCGUAUUAUCGAAAUAUGAGCACACCAGAUGUAAAGCCCUCGGCCUUCUGGUAUGAUCAGUAUGAAGAUCCUCAUCUGAUCUAUGAGCUGGAAAGUUUGAUGGAUUCAUUGCGACCCUUCUAUCGCGAAAUCCACGCACAUUUACGUAACGUUUUGCGGCACAAAUAUGGCGAUGACGUCAUACCACCGACGGGUCUCAUACCGCACCAUCUCAUGGAGCAAGUAACAUAUCAGGCAUGGAAGAAGGAAACAGUGCUGCAGAACCCCUUCGURCAACGGAAGUUACCCAACAUGCAGACCGAAUUGGAUGACGCGGGUUUGAAACCCUUCGAUUUGGUUAAUAUUAGUGUGCAAUUUUUCGGUUCGCUUGGCUUCAGGAAUCUCACAGACGAGUUCAUGAACGAACACUUCAUUGAAAUGGACGCCGGUACCGGUGGACCCGAUUGCAAGUCGCGCAUCUUCGAUUUUGGCGAAAUAGAGUUGCACUUCUGUCCCAAAGUCUACUACAAGAAACUGCUGCAGACACACGGCGACAUWGCGGCCGURCAAUAUGCGAUCGAGAAGAAUAAUUUCCGCGUUGGACUCAAUCAGGAAGCAUGUCCCGGAUUUGGGGCRGCUAUGGGCGAGGCAGUCAUUUUAUCUGUGUCCACACCGAAGCAUUUGCAGCAACGGUUAGGUAUUUUAAAGAAUUACGAUUAUGACGACCUCUUAAACUUGAACCGUCUAUACCGUUUGGCCACUCACACUAUGCUCACUUUGCCCACCUACUUUGUGCAYGAAAAGCUCUGGGUCGACAUGAUCGAUGGCAGAGUGCAGCCGGAGCAUUAUAAUUGUCAUUACUGGAAUUUGAUGCAGAAAUAUAUGGGCGUGGAGCCACCACUACAGACCGAUGCCGGUGUUUAUGAUAUGCCCUAUAAGUUCUAUGAGGGCAUUGUUGAUCAGUUUCGGAGCACAAAGAAACUAUUCGAUGAGUUCUUGGGCUAUCAAAUCUAUCGCGCUAUCUGUCUGAACAUUGGCGAAUUCGAACGGCGCAAUGCUUACAAACCAUUGGACAAUUGCGAUUUUCAUGGCGACAAACAUGCGGGCAAACUUCUGUACGAUAUGAUGAGCGCCGGUUCGUCAAAGCCCUGGCGCGAAAUCAUCAAACCGCUGACCAGUAUAAAAUUAACAAAUAUGACGGCCACAGCCUUUCUGGAGUACUAUGAACCAUUGAACACGUGGAUCAGCGAAGACAAUGUUAGCAAGAACCUGCGUGUCGGCUGGAUGCCCAUCGAUAAAUGCAAGCUUGGCACCACACUACCACCAAACGCCACCAAUGUGUUUUAUUGAGCGUGUGAGAAGGAGGGGGAGGGGCACACGGUAGGCGUGAAUGCGUGGCACGUGUCAGCACGUUCCAACUGUAAUCUGCACAGAAUCUCAAGCAGCGACAACACACACACAGCAGAGCUGCUCGUCAACAUCAUCAACCAGCCAACCAGCCACCCACCCACACAUACACACACACACACUAUUGUAUAUGGCAACAUACUGUUUAAAAGUGUUUUUAUUCUUUGGAAAAUUUUUGUUUUACUUUCACAUAAGCCGGUUGCAACAAUAAAAUCUGUGAAUAGAUUCUUAUAAACGUGUUGUCAACCAAAGUCACAUAGAUUGAGGCAAGUGUUGAUGAAGCUGCUGUUUAACAUUAAAAAACAUUAAGUCGAUAGUCAAGUAGUUUAAUAUAAAAGCGCCAAGUUUUCACAAAUUUCGAAUUAA